AUGUCUCUCUCCAGUCUUAAAACCCUUGCAUAUAACAUUCUAAAGGAAACGGGUGGAAGUAUUGAUCAAAAUAUCAAUGAUACGGAACUGCCACCAUGCUCAAUAUGUAACAAGAAAAUUUUAACACUUACAUAUGAAUCGUUUACUGUUCUCGGUGGUUGUGGGCACAUAUUUCACAGAAUGUGUAUUGAGAAAAAAAUUCUGCUUACCAUACCAAAUACAUGUCCCUUCCCCAAGUGUGGAAAAAAUGUCGAGCUUAUUGAUGAAGCCCAACGACGAGACUCUGUAUCUUCUGAAAUAAGUGGUAUUUCGAAUCUGGCUGAUGAAUUUACUCGUAAUGUUGGAUUUAGUUCUCAAAAAACUUCAUCCCAGGAUCAAGACGUGGAAAUGGAUGGAAAUGAAGGAGUUGAAAUCCCACCCACCCUACCGCAAAAGCGUGUUAACGAACUAUCCCUACGGCGAGUUCCUCUGAUAAAAAGAUUAAGAAGCAGAAUCGGCGAAACUGAAGAAACUUAUUGA